AUGGCGAACUCUGCUGCAGUAGGUGCCUUUCUGGGUGUGAACUUUUUAAUAAUUAUGGCAGUCCAUUACUCUGCAGCCAAAUGCCCCGAGGAUUACCGCUACAGGGUUGAAAUGUGUGUAAUGGAAGCACAAGUGGCACCGCAGGCUGGCGGAGGGCUUCCACUGGUCACAGACCGCAACAAGCUGGAGGAACUUUGCGUCCGAGGGAUUCUCCAAAAAACAAUUGACUGCCUGCGAGACAUAUAUGACCGAUGCUCCAACAAUGCUGUAGUCAAACAAGAAUUAGACAUGCUGUUCAGUAUUGACGAAUGGAAGCAAGGGCAGACACUCCUGUGUGAAGAUCUUAACCUUUUCAAAAACCAUUUCGACUGUGUGUCAAAGUUUGGACCCAGGAUUUCUAGUUGUAUCCUGAUCCGCACCCAGCUGUUCAAGAAGGCUGUCACUGAUGCUGGCAUUGCACAUUUCAGGACCUUACAUGACAUCACAUGCAAUUUUGCUCAAAACAUUGUUAACUGUCUUGAGCGACCACUUGCUCGCUCCUGCCCUCUGGAGGUUGUUGACACCAUGGUCAGUGCCCUGCAUCGCUUCCUGCCCCCAGCUUGUGCCCCGGUGCCCGCAGUGUUUGAGGUUGAGCAUGAUCAGCAAGAGGAAAGGAGAGGUCAGGCAGCUCAUGAUGAACAGUAUGAACCAAUGAUUUAUGAGACUGUGAUUGUUGAAGGUGGUGACGGAAGAAACUGA